AUGGAGGAGAACCCAGCUUGGGAAUCUGAGGCCCAGAGCCCCCCUGGGGGGUGGCUGGCACCCCGGGGGGCCAGAACAGGCCCAUCCCUGGCCUCCGUACUGAAUGAACUCCCCAGCGCCACCACCCUGAGGUACCGAGGCCCUGGGGUGCUGCCGUGGGGGGCCCUGGAGGAGCAGGAUGAGGACGAAGUGAGGAGCAUGCAGUCCUUCGUGGACGCGGCUCAGAAGGAGCUGCCAGAGCCCCGGGCCCCCCGAGAGCUGCCCUGGCCCAUGCAGGCCCGGCGGGCACACAGACGGUAUGGGGCCGGCACCGAGUCCUAUUUCUCUCUGCUGCGAUUUCUCCUAUUUCUCAACGUGCUGGCUGCCGUGCUGACCACCUGCAUGACGUUUCUGCCAACUUGGUUGGAGGGAGCCCCCCCAGGACCCCCUAGUCCCGACAUCACUUCACCCUGCGGACCCUACAACCCAAACCCCCAGGGUCUGGUCACCUUCCCCGGCCAGCUCUUCAACCUGCUUUCUGGAGAGGGAUACCUAGAGUGGUCCCCUCUCUUCUACGGAUUCUACCCGCCCCGCCAGCGCCUGGCGGUCACCUACGUGUGCUCAGUCUUUGCCACUGGCCUCGUCUGCCUCCUGCUCAUCCUGCACCGCUCCGUGUCCGGGAUGAAGCAGACACUGUUGGCCGAGUCCGGGGCUCUGACCAGCUACAGCCACCGGGUGUUCUCCGCCUGGGACUUCGGCCUCUCUGGACAAGUCCACGUGCGGCUGCGCCAGCGAAUCAUCCUCUUCGAGUUGCAGGUGGAGCUGGAGGAGGCCAUGGUGCGUCAGCGGGCGGCCAAGCGGACCCUGGGUCAGCAAGCCAGGGUGUGGUUCGUGCGGGGGCUGGUCAACCUGGUGGUGCUCGCGCUCCUGGGAGCGGCCUUCUUCGGAGUCUACUGGGCUACAGAGUACACCACGGAGCUGCAGGAGAUGUCCAUUGUCCAGCAGACGGCAUUGUUAAAACUCGUGGUGGACUACCUUCCAUCCAUCUUCAUCUCUGGGGUCAACUUCGUGCUCCCGCCGGUGUUCAAGCUCAUCGCCCCGCUGGAGGGCUACACCCGCAGCCGCCAGAUCGUUUUUAUCCUGCUCAGGACUGUGUUUCUCCGCCUCGCCUCCCUCCUCGUCCUGCUCUUCUCUCUCUGGAAUCAAAUCACGUGUGGGGGCAACUCUGAAAAUGAGAACUGCAAAGCCUGUGGCUACAAUUACAAAGAACUUCCGUGCUGGGAGACCAGGAUGGGGCAGGAGAUGUACAAACUCCUGAUCUUUGAUCUGCUCACGGGCUUGGCAGUCACGCUACUCAUUCAGUUUCCUCGAAAGCUGCUCUGUGGCCUCUGUCCUGGGGCACUGGGCCGUCUGGCAGGGACUCAGGAAUUUCAGGUGCCCGAUGAAGUGCUGGGACUCAUCUACGCGCAGACGGUGGUCUGGGUGGGGACUUUUUUCUGCCCGUUACUGCCCCUGCUCAACACGGCCAAGUUUUUGCUGCUUUUCUAUCUGAAAAAGCUCGCGCUCUUCUCCACCUGCUCGCCGGCCUCCCGCACUUUCCGGGCGUCCACGGUGAACUUCUUCUUCCCGCUGGUCCUCCUUCUGGGUCUGGGCCUGUCCGCCGUGCCUGUCCUGUACAGCAUGUUCCUGAUCCCGCCCUCCAAGCUGUGCGGCCCGUUCCGGGGGCAGCCGUCCAUCUGGGCCAAGAUCCCCGAGGCCAUUUCGGGGCUCCCUGAGACCGUCCAGAACUUCCUCUUCUUCCUGGGCACGCAGGCGUUCGCGGUGCCCCUUCUCCUCAUCUCCAGCAUCCUGAUGGCAUACACCGUGGCCUUGGCCAACUCCUACGGCCGCCUCAUCUCUGAGCUCAAGCGGCAGAUCGAGAAGGAGUCCCAGAACAAAGUCUUCCUGGCACAGCGCGCUGUGGAGCUGAGCUCAGCCUGA